AUGGAGCCUCCCGAGGGCGGCUGCCCGGGCGAGCUCUCUGCCUCGCCCUUCCUACCACUUUCCCGCUGCGAGCUCAAAGCAGAUAAGGAAUAUCAGUUCAAAGUAGAUGAUGAAGAAAAUGAGCAUCAGUUAUCUCUGAGAACGGUUACUUUAGGGGCUGGAGCCAAAGACGAAUUACACGUUGUAGAAGCAGAAGCAUUGGACUAUGAAGGCAACCCUAUUAAAGUAGUACUGGCAUCUCUGAAAAUGUCAGUACAGCCUACGGUUUCAUUAGGUGGCUUUGAGAUCACACCGCCAGUGGUCUUGAGGUUGAAGUGUGGUUCAGGGCCUGUUUACGUCAGUGGUCAACAUCUCGUAGCAUUAGAGGAAGAACCAGAAUCAGACGAUGAGGAAGAUGAUGCAAAAAUUGUGAACACUUCAACAAAGAGACCAGCAAGUGGAGGAGGAGCUAAAACACCACAGUUAACAUACUUUUUUUUUUUUUAAGAAAAAAGCAAAAAAUUAUCAGAAGACGAUGAGGACGACGAUGAAGAUGAGGAUGAUGAUGAUGAGGAUGAGGAUGACUUAGAGGAUGAUGAGGAAGAAAUGAAAACACCAAUAAAGAAACCUGUUCGUGAGGUUUCAGGAAAAAAUAUGCAGAAAGCAAAGCAAAAUGGAAAAGACUCUAAGCCGUCCACACCAGCAUCUAAAUCAAAAACUCCAGAUUCCAAGAAGGAUAAAUCUCUAACUCCAAAAACACCAAAAGUCCCUCUGUCGUUAGAGGAGAUUAAAGCAAAAAUGCAAGCGUCUGUAGAUAAGGGUGCUACCCUUCCUAAGUUGGAACCCAAAUUUGCCAACUAUGUUAAGAAUUGCUUCAGGACGGAGGACCAGAAGGUCAUUCAAGCUCUCUGGCAGUGGAGACAGACUCUGUAAGAAAAGAAAACAGUUUAAACAGUUCAUUAAAAUCUGCAGUCUUACUUCUGUAACCAUUAUUUGGCUGU